CGUUUUGCAUUUUUCAUUCCUUCCUCGUGUGAGGCCGUGUGUGUACGAGAACUUUACCCGACGCCCCCACGAUUUUUUUAUCGGCUUUUUCAACCCUUUCUAUUUCUCCUUUUUCACUUCAUUGUCCUUCAAGUAUAUCUACACAAUGGCAGACAACAAAAUCUAUUCAGCAACUUACUCCGGUGUACAAGUUUAUGAAACAGUUGUUAAAGAUGUCGUUGUGAUGCGGCGAAGAAACGAUUCCUAUAUGAACGCAACACAAAUUCUAAAAGUUGCCGGCAUUGAAAAGGGGAAACGGACGAAAAUUCUAGAGCGAGAGGUUCUACCUGGAGAACAUGAAAAAGUACAGGGAGGCUACGGAAAGUUCCAAGGCACUUGGAUCCCACUCGACAAGGGUCGAGAAUUAGCAGAACGAUAUAAUGUGCUGGAAGUACUGAAAUGCAUUCUUGAUUUCCAGCCGCCAUCGGGAGUUGGGGAAGACGACGAUCAACUGCCAACAAAAGAACAGGCUGUGGCCGCUCAACGAAAACUCAACAAUCAACAACAACAACGAAACGCCCGGGCAUCUUCCAAUCGACAAACGCCCUCAACGUCAGCAGCAGCAGCGACGACACCAGCUUCACCGUAUUAUCCUGGAUCACCCUUGUCAGCAGCCGGUUCACCAAUACAUAAAGCAACAACACCAUCGCGACGUGAGGAACAUCAUCAUCACCACCCUAUACAACGGAAAAAGCAGAAGACCGCUUCUUCAUCUGCAGCUGCAGCACCUUCUAAUGGCAGCAUUGCCGGCUCACCUCAGCCACACCGUCAACAAUAUCAACCACAUCAACAUUCGAUGCCACGCCCAUCCAGUGACGAGCACCGUAACCUGCUGAUGGCUAUAUUCUUGUCGGAUGACUCCGAUCAUAUUCCUGAACUACUUCAAUCACCCUCGCCUAACUUUGAUAUCGACUUGGUAAUUGACGAACAAGGCAACACCGGGCUACAUUGGGCAACCGCAUUAGCUCGUGUCACCAUCGUGCAAUUGCUCGUAUCCAAGGGUGCCAAUCCUGCGUGCGCCAACUAUGCCGGCGAAACGCCUUUAAUGCGUAGCGUCAUGGUCACCAAUUCGUUUGACAACAACACGUUUCCCACAAUUUUGUCUGCGCUCAGUAGUACUUUGACUGCUGUCGAUCAGAAAAAACGAUCUGUGUUACAUCAUGCUGCGCUGACAUCAGGAAUACACGGACGUACGCAGGCUGCUAUAUAUUAUAUGCACCAUUUGCUACAUGCCAUCAGCUCAUAUCCGGCAGCAGCACCUAUUCUGGAUUGGCAGGAUGAUCGUGGAGAUACGGCAUUGAAUAUUGCGGCCCAGCUGGAAUGCUCAGAGACUGUCAAAUUGCUUACUCGUGCAGGCGCGACAAAAACAACCGAGAAUAAUGUAGGAUUGUCCUCAGUGGAUUACACACCAUCUAGUCCCAAUGAGACUCAGGAGUCGACGACCGAAGAACAACAAUUACAGCAAAAACUACCUGUUGAGCCUAGUGAACGUGGUCGGGAGAUAGUGACAACUGUUCAAAAGAUUGUCGAUGCAUUGGAUGAAGAGUACGGCAGCCAACUAAGUCAACGAGAUCAAGAGCUGAAAACAAUCCAGGAUGAACUUGAAGCUGCUACAAAAGAGCUGGAAGCGACACGGAAAGCUUUAGAAGCCAAGCAAACCCAAUCACAGCAACUUGUGGAAGCCCAACAAAAGAUUCGAAACUUGCAAAUGGCACUGCAAGGCGAAUGGGACGGUAUCUCGACGACGUUACCUGCCAACAAUACCACAGCCAUUGACGAAAUUGACGAGAAACAAGAUAUUGAUGCAUUAUUCCUACCUUCUACACCGGAAAACAGCCAAGGCAAUGCGAACAUAUCGCGAGCACAUAAACUGGAGCAUCAAAUCAAGCUUUUAGAGUCACGUAUCACCAGCUACACUCAAAAUGAUAACGAUCUACGAGCAGAGUUAGAAGGCUUGAAGGCACAGUCGGCAGAGAAGGAGUUACAGUGCAAACGGUUGAUUGCCGCAUGCUGUAGCUUGCCAAUUGAGAAGAUUGACGAUUUGGUUGAGCCACUAACGCUGGCGAUUGAAAGCGAUCCACCAGAUUUGGAUCUGGCACGAGUGAUUGGAUUCAUGGAAAAGAUUCGUCGACAAGGCGCGUUUUCAGAAGGACUGCCUUCAACGUCGUCACCAUCCGCACCGUCACCAAUGCCGUUCUCAGCGCCAUCUUUUGCUACACCUACCAAUGCUGCUGCUACUGCCGCCAGUGUGGCCCCUACCUCUUCGUCUACCACAUAUGAGAGCGAACAUCCACCAUCAUCACAGAUAUCAGAAGGACCUAGCGGUGAGACACCGCGUCCACCUAGUGUAGUAACCACGCCAGUGAAUUAAUAUACUUUACUGUCAUUCGAUCAUUUCCAGCUUCCUCCCCUCCCAUCCUCUCCCUUCAUUCCUCUUUUCUCCACUACCAGACAAACGAAAAAAAACCUUAUCACAGAUGUACACAAUUUCAAGCUCCCUUUUUUUUUGUAUAAAGUCCUACUUUUGCUUCUUUCUCUUUUCUCUUCAUAAAACGAUAUAUAUGAUACAAACA